UUGCUUCAGUAUGUAGAACAGGAGAAUCACUUGAUGGCUGCCAGGAAAGCGUUUGACAAAUUUUUCAUACACUAUCCGUAUUGCUAUGGUUAUUGGAAAAAGUAUGCAGACCUCGAAAAGCGGCAUGACAACAUUAAACAAUCAGAUGAGGUGCGUACAUUACUGAAUAAAGUUAUCUCCAUUAGGUACUGUAAGCCAAAUAAUAACAAAACAGAGACUUUUUUUGGCUGGCAGUACCUACGAUUUAUGGUCAAACAAUUUUAUAGGGUAUUUUAUUUGCAUUUGUCACUCUUGUGGCAUUUGUAGCUAAUAUUUUCUCUCUUUGUUGGCAGGUGCGUUAAACCUCUACAGUUUGUCAAGCUUUGCAGUGCAAGCCUCUGUAUUACACUGCAGCUUAACAAGUAGGGCAGGGCUUUUCUCUCACUUACAUUUAUUUCUCAUUUUCCAAACAAUAUAGUUGGUUUGCUAGUCACAUUUGCUACGUCUUAUUGCAUUUUUGGUCAGACGCUGUCAUUGAUGCUCUAAUGGGUCUGUGCCCUAUGGUCUGUAACCCAAAGCCUGCCCACACAACCCGGUCAGAAUGCAGGGACUGCUGCGCUUUGAAGAUCAAGACUCUGCACGUGGGGAUCAGAACAUUGCCAUGUUCUAUCCAACCUCCACCCAAAUGGUGUAUCGCCGGGGGCUUCAGGCAAUACCUCUUAGUGUUGACCUUUGGAUACAUUAUAUAAACUUCUUAAAAGAAACAUUGGACCCUGGUGAUCCUGAGACAAACAGUACAAUAAGAGGAACUUUUGAGCAUGCUGUUCUAGCUGCAGGAACAGAUUUCCGAUCUGACAGACUCUGGGAAAUGUAUAUAAACUGGGAAAAUGAACAGGGAAACCUGAGAGAAGUUACAGCUAUAUACGAUCGUAUUCUUGGUAUUCCAACACAGCUGUACAGUCAUCAUUUUCAGAGAUUUAAAGAACAUAUACAGAAUAACUUACCUAGAGAUCUUCUAACUGGUGAACAGUUUAUUCAGCUGCGAAGGGAAUUAGCUUCUGUAAAUGGGCAUAGUGGUGAUGAUGGUCCUCCUGGUGAUGAUCUACCAUCAGGAAUUGAAGACAUAACUGAUCCAGCAAAGCUAAUUACUGAAAUAGAAAACAUGAGACAUAGAAUCAUUGAAAUUCAUCAAGAAAUGUUUAAUUAUAAUGAGCAUGAAGUUAGUAAAAGAUGGACAUUUGAAGAAGGUAUUAAAAGACCUUAUUUUCAUGUGAAACCAUUGGAAAAGGCACAACUGAAAAACUGGAAAGAAUACUUAGAAUUUGAAAUUGAAAAUGGGACUCAUGAACGAGUUGUGGUUCUCUUUGAAAGAUGUGUCAUAUCAUGUGCCCUCUAUGAGGAGUUUUGGAUUAAGUAUGCCAAGUAUAUGGAAAAUCAUAGCAUUGAAGGAGUGAGGCAUGUCUUCAGCAGAGCUUGCACAAUUCAUCUCCCAAAGAAACCCAUGGUGCAUAUGCUUUGGGCAGCUUUUGAGGAACAGCAGGGUAAUAUUAAUGAAGCCAGGAAUAUCUUGAGAACAUUUGAAGAAUGUGUUCUAGGAUUGGCAAUGGUUCGUUUGAGAAGAGUAAGUUUAGAACGACGGCUUGGAAAUAUGGAAGAAGCUGAACGUUUGCUUCAGGAAGCUAUUAAAAAUGCCAAAUCAAAUAAUGAAUCAUCAUUUUAUGCUAUCAAACUAGCCCGACAUCUUUUCAAAAUACAAAAAAACCUUCCAAAAUCAAGAAAGGUGCUUUUGGAAGCUAUUGAAAGAGACAAAGAGAACACAAAGUUAUACCUCAAUUUACUUGAAAUGGAAUAUAGUGGUGACCUCAAACAAAAUGAAGAAAAUAUCCUAAAUUGUUUUGACAAAGCUAUACAUGGUUCAUUACCUAUGAAAAUGAGAAUUACAUUUUCUCAGAGAAAAGUGGAAUUUCUUGAAGAUUUUGGUUCAGAUGUUAAUAAGCUUCUGAAUGCUUAUGAUGAACAUCAAACACUCCUAAAAGAACAGGAUUCUUUAAAAAGGAAAGCAGAAAACGGAUCAGAAGAACCAGAGGAAAAGAAAGCACACACAGAAGAUACAACUUCAUCAUCUACGCAGAUGAUUGAUGGUGAUUUACAGGCAAAUCAAGCUGCUUAUAAUUAUAGUGCCUGGUAUCAAUACAAUUAUCAGAAUCCUUGGAAUUAUGGACAGUAUUAUCCUCCCCCUCCAACCUGAUGGGAAAAUUAAAUAUCAGAUGGAGUGUGUGAAAAGUUCGAAAUUAUUUUUUUUUAAUGAGGGAUGUAAACAUAGCAUAAGCUUGUUGUAUUUGAUAACUUGUCUUCCCUGUUUCUGUGUAACAUGAUUUGUUCAGUAAUAGGGGAAAAUGUCACUUAGUAGCUUACCACAGAUACUAUUUCCUACCAUUUAUAAAAUUUACUUUUUAUUGGAGAACUAUUUUUUUGAUUUUUGCAUUAAGUGGUCUAGAAUUCUUUUGCAAUGCAUUUGCAAUAGAGUUUUGUAGCCUUAAGGGUAGGGAAAAAAAACUGACUGCAAAUCAUGUCAGUGUAGUACAAGGUUCUGAAAAUACAUAAGGGCUGGUUAUUAAGGAUUUACCUCCUCCUUAAAAAAAAAAAUGGCUUUUUAACCUUUGCUGACAAGAUAUUGUCUGUGUGGUUCAAUUAUCGUUGUGAAUUUGGAUCAAACAGCAGAAGAUACUUAUUAAAAUACUGUCUUGGAAUAGAGAUUAUAAAUGAGGAAAUGGAAUGUUUGCAUCCCUUUAAAAAAAUGAAAAUCAUAUCAAAACUUGUUUCAGGAGACUUUGUAUUUGGAAUAUUCAUGUUAAAACUUGUGAGCAAGCUUUCAUUUUGAUCAAACUGAUCAUCUUCGUUUUUGUAAUAAAACUGAAGAUUCAUCCAAUAAUUGUUACGAAUUUGUUGAGGGGGGGAAAUCACCUAAUAAUAUUAACUUUAUAUUCACCAGUAUUAGUGGUUUAUUGGUUUUGAAGUAUACUUUUCUUGAAUUCAUCUAUUGCUGACAAUUUAUUAGACCUUUUAGCCUUUUGCUUCCUCUCAAUCUCUAUGCUUUUGCCUUCCUUAUACACAAAUAUUUAAAGAUUUUAAGAUGAUUGUCUCUGGCAAAGCUGUCCAGACAAUUUUACUGUUACUCGCAGGUUUGACAAAGUCUUAGUACUGGUUAACCUAAUCAGAACAUGAAUAUAUUUACACAACACAAAUCAAGACAUAGGAUAAAUUUUUAUUGAGCCUUUUAGUUUACAACAUGAGGUAAAAGGCAAGUCAGUUCUCUUUAAGUGAUAUUCUACACAGCUGUAGUAAAAUAUUUUAAACUUCAAGGAUUUAUAAUGGAUUACAUUUCUUAGAAGUUGGGGAUCAAGUAAACAAGUUCUAACUUAACUUCUUGAAUUUUCCAGUUGACUCUUCCCUUAAAAUAGUAACCAGUUCUAAUGAGACACCUAAGUUUCUUCAAGGCUGUGUUUUAUUGUUGCUGAUGCCUUUACUAUUUCAGUCAAUAUCCACUAAUUCCACUUCAAAAAUAAGUUUUGCAUUUGGUGGAAUUCUGUUGAAGAAGUCAAGGUAAAUUUGAUAAAACUUGCCUCUCCCCUUAUUCCCCUUAGUGUAAAUUAGAAUUAUGGGACUUCUCCGGUGGUGCAGUGCUUAAGAAUCCGCCUGCCAAUGCAGGGAACAUGGGUUGGAGCCCUGGUCUGGGAAGAUCCCACAUGCUGCGGAGCAACUACGCCUGUGCACCACAACUACUGAGCCUGUGCUCCCGCGAGCCACAACUGCUGAGCCCAUGCACCACAACUACUGAAGCCCACAUGUCUAGAGCCCAUGACCUAGAGCCCCCACCACAACGAACAGCAGCCCCUGCUUGCGGCAACUUGAGAAACCCCACGCACAGCAACGAAGACCCAACGCAGCCCAAAAUAAACAAAUUUAUAAAAAUAAAUAAAAUUAAAAUUAUGUGUAUUGGAUACUGGUAAUUAACUCCAAAGGGAGGGCUUUAUAGUUGACUCAGGGGCUAGUACAUAGGAA